CGAACGCGGAACAUGCAUCCGGUCGUCCGCGCCCCCGCCGUCCACCGCGCGCCCCAUCGUGGCCGCCGAAUCGUCGUCGUCGUCGUCGCGCAUCUGUCAAAAUCGGCGAGUGGCUCGCACGCGGGUAGGAUGUGAAAAGGCGCGGAGGUGGAGGAAGAGCCCGUGGAGAGGAGCGCGAUAGCGGACGCGAGAACACACUCGUGCUGCCGCUGCUGUCCGGGCCCGACGCGAUUACCGGAGGAUGCGCUCGGGAUGCGCUACCACCGCGGCGACCGGCGUCUGUAAGUUCCAUUCGUGAUAACGACGAGCCGCUGCAGCGCGACGAGCGGCCGGUGGGGGAGGAGGAGGGAACACGACGAGGGGUAACAACGCUCUCGGAGAAAGAGGGACAUCGUCGUCUUCGUCCCCGUCGUCAUCAUCCCCGUCGAGCAGUCGACGCAGGCAGCAAUGGCCGCCGCCGCCGUCAACGGGCUCGAGGAGCUGAGGACCGAGAUCGAGCGGCUGUCGCGCGAGCUCGAUUUAGCCUCCACCGAGAAGAUACAGUCGGCGCAGUACGGGCUCGCGCUGCUCGAGGAGAAGUCGGCCCUGCAGCAACGAUGCAACGACCUCGAGGCCCUCUACGAAAACACCAAGCACGAGCUGGAGAUCACGCAGGAGGCCCUCGCAAAGUUCCAGACCACCACGAAGCUGACCACAAAGAGCGGCAUCGAGCAAGAAGAGAGCCUUCUCAACGAGAGCGCCGCUCGUGAAACCUCUCUGCAAACGCAGAUCAUAGAGCUAGAGAAUGAAGCGAAACAGUUGCGUCACGAAUUGGAACGCGUGGAGGCGGAACGCGACCACGCUCUGCAGGAGCGCGAGGAGGUCGGCAAGGACCACCAGCAGGCGGAGACGGAGCGCAAGUCGCUACGGACGGAAUUGCGGGAAUGCAGGUUCCGCGAGACCCGCCUCCUCCAGGAUUACUCCGAGCUGGAGGAUGAGAACAUCUCACUGCAGAAGCAGGUGUCCGGUCUGCGCUCCAGUCAGGUGGAAUUCGAAGGUGCCAAACACGAGAUCCGCAGAUUGACGGAGGAGGUCGAGCUGUUCAACAGCCAGGUGGAGGAGCUGACGAACCUGAAGAAGAUAGCGGAGAAGCAGAUGGAGGAGGCGUUGGAGUCUCUGCAGGCCGAGCGCGAGGCCAAGUACGCCCUGAAGAAGGAGCUGGACCAGCGGAUCAACAGCGAGUCAAUCUACAACCUCAGCAACCUCGCGCUUUCGAUCCGCGGCAUCACGGAGGAUCAGACGAUAUGCAGCGACGGCGAGGACGACUCGCCGGCCCUGCGCAGAAUCGAGGCGGACCUGAAGACGCAAGAGCCCGGCACCUCCGCGACCGACAAGCAGGUCGACUUGUUCUCCGAGAUCCAUCUGAACGAGCUGAAGAAGCUGGAGAAGCAGCUGGAGCUCGCGGAGACCGAGAAGGCUCAUCUGAUGCAGAACCUACGCGAGUCGCAGUACGCGGUCGAGAAGAGCCAGGGCGAGCUGCAGACCUUCGUCGCGCGGAUAGUGCAGCUGGCGGCGCACGUGCAAUCGUUGCAUCAUCUUCACUCCAAGCUGCCCGAGAAGCAGAGCGAAGAAACGACGUUGGACAAACUCAAUCAGGCUAUCGUGCAAUAUCAUCAAUGGAGUACUAUGUCCGCUCGCGAGAUCACCCAAUUGCAGAAAGACCUAGCGGAGCUGGAGAACGGCUUGGCCGUGUCCGACUCGACGCAGCAGCUGAGAACGGAGUUGACGAAUCUGAGAAAUAAGAUACCCGAGUCAGAGAAGAGCCUUCGAGAAAAGCUCUUGGACACGGAGCAGAGGAGCAUGCAGCUCGAGUCGGACGUGUCCACCCUGUCGAAACUCACCGCCGAGGCGGGUGGUUUCCUCGAUUCCGCUCAGAACGACCUGCAGAAUCUCUCGGAGGAGCUCGCGCAACUUUACCACCACGUCUGCACGGUCAACGGCGAGACGCCCUCGAGGGUGGUGUUGGACCACGAGAAGAUCGUGCCCGAGAAGGAGGAGGAGAGCAGCAAGAUGGACUGGUGCCGGACCUUGUUCAAGACCGACAUCAAGAUCAAGGAUCUGGAGAGUCUCGGCAAGGCAAAGGAGAUCGCGAAACAUAUAGAGACGGCGAUGGACCAAAUCAAGCAUCUCAGGAGCUCCGUAGAGCACACGAUCGAACUGUCGAACGUCAAAGGAAUGCAGUCCAAUGUCUGCAACGUUUGCGAGGCUUCUGUCAACGAAAACAAGGCGGAGGUGACAGACCUUCAAGAGCAAGUCAUCAGGUUAAAGGCCUUGUUGUCCGCUAAGCGGGAACAGAUCGCCACGUUAAGAACGGUACUCAAAUCAAACAAGAAUACGGCGGAGGUAGCGUUGACGAAUUUGAAGAGCAAAUAUGAGAACGAGAAGAGUAUCGUGAACGAGACGAUGCUCAAACUGAGGAACGAGCUGAGGAUGCUGAAGGAAAAUGCCGCGACGUUUUCAAGUCUGCGUGCGAUGUUCGCCGCACGCUGCGAAGAGUACGUGACGCAAGUCGACGAGCUUCAACGGCAGCUCGCCGUGGCGGAGGACGACCGGAAGACGCUGAACCAGCUACUGCGUCUGGCAGUGCAGCAGAAGCUCGGUCUCACCAUGAAGCUGGAGGAGCUGGAGGUCGACCGGGAGCUGCGCAACACGAGGCGGCACGCCGCCGGGGCGAACGGCCGCGGUAGGCCGCGACUGUCGCAACAGACGAACCGUCCCCACUUAGGCAGAGACUUCUUCUAGAAAAUGAUGAAGAUGUGGAGCAAGAUAUUCUGAGAGAAGCGAGGAUUUUGAAACUUUUCGAAUUUUUCUACUGCUCGUUGCCGCGAUUCUCGUGGGCUUAGGGGACUCUAGUGAGUAUACAAUUGACUUCUCCUUCGUUUAAGAAUCAGGCCUGACGCCGUCCGUCUCGUCUCGUAGAUACGCACGUGAUAUCGACGACGUAUCUUUGCGACAGAGACGGACGGACGGACGGACGGCCGGUUGAGCGAUUGAGAUAGAAGGAAGAGAGAAGAGAGAACGAAGGAAAAUUAUGACGCCGUCCUCAUUAUAAUCGGGAGAGAAAAUCGCGCUCGGUGAACGAAGGGGGAAGGGGGGGGGGGUAAGAAAAGACGUUUCUCGAAGGCUGCGGAAAUGAAGUUUGAAUUUCAUGCCCGUGAAUUUUGCUCCAUAUCAUAGAGUCUCUUCGGGGAGAGCUCUGCCUUGUGUUACCACUAUUGUUAAUAGAGGAAUCUAAAGAAGAGGUGUAGGACAAAGAAAGAGGAAGACUUCGUUCAGAGGGGACGAGCCCGCUCUCCCGCGGGCUCUCGCCACUCGCGAGAACUUUUUAACGAAUUCUACUACGUUCUCCAGUUGCGCAACACAUUGUGUCAGCGCCGUGUCCUUCGCAAUGCCGUUGAGUGCGAAGUAUAACGUGCGAUUGUUCGAUCCGUUCUCGGUUUUCUGUUCGUUUUAUUUUUGUUUUUUUUUUUUUACCGUACAGAGGUAACACUCUGCGUUCGGAGGUCGAUCCGAGGGCUCGUCGAGGGCUCACCGAGGGCUCGCCGAGGGCUCUCACCAAAGGCUAUAUCGCUUUGGCGCACGCUUAAUUUAUUAAUGCUUCGUGUUUCCUAAUAACGAUUCCUCGCCGUCACGACUUCGCGGGAUAUUCCGUUGACGAUGUGCGGCGCGCAACGACCGCGCGUGGAUGCUUUCUCAUACAUACGUUGUAGAGGAGAAGGAGGAGGGAGAGAAAGAGAAGGGGAACGCACGACGAAAGGGGCGUGUACCGUUUGUAGGUAGGUAGUUAGAAUGACGAGGAGGAAUUUUACAUUGCAUACCAUAGAGACAAUAUCGAUAUCGCGCGUGACACAGUAGCGUUUAUAAUCAAAGUAGCGGAACGGAAUGUCAAGUAGUAAGACAAGUAGACUCGGGGGAGUCUUUUAUUAUUGUACCGGUAGCCGAGUAACAGGACGUAGGGACCCAUCUUCCAAAUAGAGCCUCUCUCAGGUCAACCCCGGUAAUUUAUAAAUACGCCGACGCAAAAACGAUACACCCGGACGCAUCGAAUCAGCGCUUCACGCUCGCUUAUUUCGCCCGGCGAUUUUCCGACGAACGGUUGUCUCACGCGUCGCUUGCUGUCUUUUAGGCUGGGUCUACAAUAGGUGUAGUGAGUUUUCGAUCUUUUGCUCUAAGCGCUAAAUCUCUCUUCUAACAAAGGGCGAUUCCAGCGCUACCAGACGUCGCAAUUCCUAAGGUUUAAACUUUAUCACGACUUUCGGAUGUUACGUUGCAUUUUGUCGCGUCUCAGGCAGAACGAUUUUCUAAAAGAGUUCUUAAAGCGCCUGAAAGAUAUCAUAAAAUAGGACGUCUUCGAGAACUUUUAGAUAUUCGUCCUACCUAGAUUAAAGCAAAAGGUUUACCACACCUGUAGAUUCAGUUUUAAAAUGCCAUGACACACAGGAAAACAUAAGCAGUGAGACUUAAGAAAAUUUAAAGACGUAAGAAAAUUUACCAAUAGCAGUCGAUUGUUCUUCUCACAGUCGACGAAUAAUCGACUGCAAUUGGUAAAUUUUCUCGCCGCUUAAAUUUAAUUUUACUUCUUUAAUUUUACUUCUUACCUUUUUCUGUGUGCCUUGGGACGAUUAUCGUCGGGGAUCGGUGCUCGUUAUCGCAAUUCCGCUGUUAACUUCGUGGGGGGAGGGGGGGGGGCUCCGGUUGUUUAUGUCACCGAGGGGAGUUCGAAUCGGGCCGGAACGUUCGGAUGUCAUCCACACGGUGAUGUGACCCUCGUGGCUCCUCAUUUCGCUCGUCCGACUUUGUACCUAUAGGAUCCUUUACCAUCCUUUCUUCUCGGAUACCUCGUUCUUUCCUCCACAAUCUAAUAACGCAGCGGCCUAUUAGUGGUCCACUAUCACUUUUAUUGACUUCUAGCGGCAGCUAGGUUUGCACAUGCACCGUUUUUAUUAGGUUAAAUUACUGCAAUGAUAAUUAAAAGUGUAUUAGAGAUGCAGCUAUUUCUUAGCGCAGCCUUUUAUCAUUUGUUACGACCAUUUAUCUAGAUGUGUACGUGUUUUCUUUUUAUCGGCAAAACACAUCGCAAAGCACUUCGACUUUAACGACGUUUGUUCGAGAGUGACGACCGCCGGCCUCGUGCGCCUCGCGCGCCUCGCGCGAGGUCGCGAAUAUCUUGGUUUUUGAAAAAGGCCGCGCACGAAAAGUAAGGAGAACUAUGAUUAUUGGAGGUUUUAUCGGUUAUCGUUGUCUCGUAUUUUUGUGCAAGUGUAAACGUGAUAUAUGUGCUCAUUACGUGCGUAUUACGCAGGGUGCUCUUUUACUUUAGUGUUCUCUGCACAUACGUCGUGCACGUGUUUCUCCAGAGUAUUUUACAUUUAUAUCUAUAACUUAUAGCUCGUCAUAUUGCAGAAAGCAGUCAUUCCAAUAGGAGCAAUUAUGAAUGUAAUCGAUGCUCGACUUUUCACGAUUAUCACGCACCGAUUGUACAUCACUAUUUCACCAAUCAAUGUAUUCAUUAUUAUUACUAUUAUUAUUAUUAACGCUUAUUAUUACUGUUGAAGUGCAUACAUUUAAAAUGCAUUGAACGUAAAAGAGCGUCCUGCACAUAUGAACUUAUAUACACAGUUUGAUCAUGUCAUAGAUUGUCUACAAUCAAAUUUGUUACUAUGGCUCUAUUGCUAUUAUCUUUUUAUUAUUAUUAUUAUUAUUAUUAUUAUUAUUAUAUUACUAUUUUUAUUAUCAUUAUUAAUAUUGCCUGUCGACUUCGUCGCUCAUAUUGAGACGAAUAUCUAAAGAGAAUUUAUCGAUCGUUCAUCAAUCAAUGUAUAAAUUGAUUGAUCAGUUGUCGCUAUUAUUAUAUCUAUAUCGUGUAAUUAUAGCGUCAUCUGUGUCUACAACGCGUGUCGCGAAUAGGGAUCCUGUUUCCCGUUUUAUACGAUCCAAACCCCCGUCGAUCACGAGAUUCUGCUCGCGUUUAAAAUAAAGCGAUUUUCUCCGAUCCUUUUGUUUCGCUUACGAGUUCCAUCUCUCGUUAUCGAAUUUUAUCUCUCCGCUGCGUUGUUCAAGUUUAAAACGAUGGCAAACCGAUCAGCGAGAUCAUCGGUUUAUCGAGAGCCAUUUGCACCGACGUGUAAUCUGUAAUUGAUUUGUCGCAAGGAUCUAAUCUUGCUUGCAGAUUUUCUGCCUCAAUGUAGAUGGAGAAAAGAUGUUCUUAAUUGUCAAAUUACGCCGAUGCGCGUUGGUGCAAUCGUCUCUGAACAGUAUAGCGCGAGCUGUAGAUUUUAUUCGAUCUAAUCUAAAGUCAACCAUCGACAGGAGGAGAGAAAGAAAAUGGAGCGGGGAAUUCUGCGAGAUUCGCGCGCAUUUAGACACAGGUCGAGCUAAUUUGUGUCCACAAACCGAGCCAGUCUCAGACCACCGUCCCUUCCCUUCUCACUUCGCACCACCGUCGGGAAGGAGAGCCGGGCAAUGAAAGAUUCUUCCGUUAACUCAAGGAUCACUAUCCUCACGUAUUUUUCAUGAGAAACUUCGUCCUCGACUCUUACCUAGCCGUCCGCGCCGCUCGACGCGAUUGGAGACGCCGCUCUAUCGGAGAUUAAUCGGAGGACAAAUUUUCAUUGUAAUUAACAGUGGCGACGACGGCGACGACAGCCGAUAAUUGUGAUUUAGGGAUACACGUAAUUGUCGGCGCUCGACGACAAUGGUUGCGUUCGGCGAACACGACGGUUGUACAACUGUUGAGCAAUAAUUAUCUCUAUGAUAUUGGUGUACAAUUUUUAGAUCUGCCGAUCAUAUCCAUUUUCCGAAGUCGAUAAGACUCGACUAUCCCAGUAAGCAAAAUGUUAGCAGUAUUCUGAUGGAAAUAUUUUGCUGAAAGUACCAUGAAAGUACGGUGAAAAGUGAAAUUAUUGAAAAAAUGACUGAAUAAGUAUAUUUCUAUAUGAAUCAUAAUUUUCCUUAUGAAAUUUAAUGUAAUACUAUGAUAUAUAAGGAAAGUUAAAUUAUACUGUUAAAAGUGAUAAAAAAAUGUUUGAAAUAUUAAGUAUCAUGAAGUUUACUGAAUUUUUACUGAAAUAUUGGUGGAAUUGUAAUGAAAUAGGGUCAAUUAGGAGAGAAUUCCAAACACAUUUCAAUAAAAUUUUAUUGUAGCUUUAAUAAAAUCUUUCCAUCAGAAUAUGCCGCCGGCAGAUUGGCAGUAGAUUCGAUCAAAAUACCGUGGUAGAUUCUGUGCGCUGAAAGAAGGAUUUGGUAACAAUUACCAAGAUUUUUUCAUUAAACUUUGGUUACUGCAACCAAACCAUUUAAUUAAGACUAAAUCUUUAGCCAAGUCUUGAUAAUUGUUAUCGAAUUUAAAUAUAUUUGAAUGGUGACGAAACGACAGAUCCUGCUCGACCGCUUCUGUCGUCAACUUGUCAUCGUACUCUAUGAGCAGAUUUUGCCAUAUUUCUGCUAACAAUCUGCCGACAAAAUUGACAGCAGACACUGCGCAAAAUCUGAUCUUCAGGUUUGACUACCCCUGUAUCGUAUUCGCCGGACGCAGCCAAUAUAUAACAGUAAAAGCUCGAACGAUUCUCCGUGACAGAUUCUUCGAAACUGUGAAAAAUGAUUUCGCCGCGGUGAUACAAGCUGUAUGUGCAAUUUCGUCACAGCGUGAGCUUUUCGUUUCGACAACGGCGCGCAGUUCCUCCGAAACCCGUCGUCGCCGCGGAUCGGCGCGUCGUCCAGUCGCGGAGGCGCACAGCUUCGACAACUUCUGCCAAAAAUAUUCUGUCCUCUCGGAGGGGCCGCGGCUCCUCCCGUAUAUUUAGCGUCCUUCACAAAGUUCCUCCGCGUUCGCGAGAAGUUUAGAAGCCGUAAGUUCGGCGCCGUGAAUUUCUCUAUUUACACCUAUAUUUCUCUCGCCGACUGUUGUCCCGAAACGCUCCCGCGGGAGAGAAACCUCCUGUCUUCUCCUGCGCCUCGAAAUUCUCACUGUUCGCGUGUCGUAAGGCUCGCUCAAUGAUUCCCGCGUCUUCGUGCCGAUCGUUUCUCGACCGGCCGAGUUUCUCGAUGUCCGAGCUGUUCACACCGAAUCUCCCGAUGUGAAUUAUAUUUUUUAUGGAGAAAACUGUCUUUCUCGGAAAAUUCAGGGGGGGGAGCCUUCAGUCCCUGUGUACUACGAAUUAUACUUGUCGGUUGUACGUGCUUCAGAAAGCUAGAGCAUGUUCGCCAAGCUACAGAGAAAGAAAGAAGACCGAGCGACCCCGGGACCGAGCUGAAAGAAAGAAGCAGUCUCGAGAGGAAUAAUAUUCGGGAUCUGCCCGUGGUUGUGAAGGGUAUUGUGGUAAACCCCGAGGGUCAUCGGGACGGCGGGCAGGUUUGCUCAAGGCUUCCACAAAAACUCUCAUUGCGUCCCGCCCGGUGACGUUUCCGACGUUGGUGCGUUUAGAUCACAAUACGUGAGACUAGGAGUUAAAAAAAAAAGAAAAAAGAUAGAGAGAAAGAGAGAGAGAGAGAGAGAGAGGAGACUCGAGUAACGAGUCGAUUAGUUGUAAACGGCGUAGGCUAAGAGAUCGAUCGAAACUGCGUAACACGCGUGCUGAAGGAGUUACUUUGGCCAAGAGGAGGAGGAGGAGGAAGACUCGGAGGAGCGAGGGAGAGAGAGAGAGAGAGAGAGAGAGAGAGAGAACUUGAAUGUAAUUUGUGACGACGCGAGCGUGCGAGACGUCCCGACGACGUAGCGUGUGUUGCACUUCGACCGGGUCCAUGUCACACCUUGUACGCGAGAUAUUUUUACACUUUCGUCGUUUCCACUCAGUCAUCACGAGUCACGUCAAGAAAUAACGUUCUUAUUUCUUUUCAUAUUUCACGCGAUGAUAAUCGAGACGGCGUCGUGUUAGCGUCGUUGUGCGAACUCGCGCGUGAAUUCGACGUUAGCAACGUCGAGCGAGCGGCUUCUAAUUGGCGAUGUAACAUAUUAUUGGGUGCUUAAGAUUAUCUGUUCAACGAGACAUGCGAUGAAAUACGAGAGAAAGAGAGAGAGAGAGAGAGAGAGCGUGUUAGCUAUUUUGAAAAGAUUCGCGAAAUAACGCAACUUCGCGGUCGCCGUCUCGAUUGUCGGGCAUUCCUUGAAUCAAAUCACUUCGUCGGGAGCAAUGUCGAUUCUUCAGCGUAUCAUAUCGAUGUCGUAAACGGUAUCAGGCGUUGAUUACGUAUUAUCCGGUAUAUUUUCUAAUGCUGAAUACACGUAGCUCAAUUGUAACUCGACAGCCGCAAACCAGUCAGUUUCCCGAUCAGUUUUUUCCUGGAUCUAGGUGUAACCUUACGUAGUUGUAACAUUUACAUAAACCUACGCGAUAAUUUCCUUAAUUAAUGUAGACAUAGAUUGUUCGAUAUUUGAUGUUGGAUAAUAGUUACGACCAGCAUAGAGGGAUGUGAUACUUGACGAAUUACUGGCGAGAUCUUUUUUGAGUUCGGUAACUCUCAUGCGUUGUUUCUCCGAUUUAAAGAAAAAAAAGCCGAAAAGAGAAAAUGGAAGCCUUUAUCACACACAAAGCGAGAUUCGACGACUUGGCUUUGCCUCGUGCUCGAGCAUGGACCCAGAAAAUUGUACAUAUUGUAAAUGCACUUCUAGCGUUACGGCAUUAUACAUACAUUAUGUAAAACGUACCAAUUACAUCGCGGAGAUUAGCGAACGAUUUAUAACGUGCAUAUAUAUAUAUAUAUAUUGUUUGUUAUAUAUAUAUAUAUAUAUAUUAAACAAUUUAUAUAUAUUAUAUAUAUUAAACAAACGUCAACGAGCGUAUUAUAUUUUCUCCGUAGCCGUAUAGAUCAUUAAUCGUUAAUGUAGCGAAGAGAGUGAGAGAGAGGAAAGGAAAAGAAAGAAAUCCCGAAACUAGCCGCCGUUCGUAGCAAAACCUCGUGAUUCUUCUACGUUUAUUGAGAAUUGAUUGAUCGGAGCGGUGGCGCGCAGCCAGUCGUGUUAAAUUAGAUCGGACGUAGGCAGUUAAGUAGAUGUUCAGUCAGUGAUAUAUUAUUUGGAAGGAAAUAUUUAAAAAAAGAAUCGCAAAAAAGGCAAAAAAAGAUGAGAGGAAGUGAAGACAAGGUGCGUAUUCAAGCCACAUUCGUGGUACCUGGCGUUGACGUUAUUAAACCGAUGGUACACUAUACGUAGUAAAGAUUCUUUUUGUAACAUAAAACGAAAUAUAAUCAUUUGUAACAGGA